AUGGUGAAGGAAUAUGUUGGUGGGUAUGAGAAUAUAGGUGCUAGUAGGAAUGACAUCAAAAAUUUUCAUAGAGAUUUAAAGGCGUAUAUUGAAGGAUCAGACGCCCAAAUGUUUGUUGACAAUUUUAAGAGGAAAAAGUUAAUGUGGUCGGCUUAUUUUUUUUAUUACGAAAUGGAUGAAGACGACUGUCUAUGUAGAGCUUUAUGGGCAGAUCCUAUUUGCCGGAGAAAUUAUGCCGUAUUUGGUGAUAUGCUCUCAUUUGAUACAACCUACCAAAGCAACAGAUAUAAUAUGGUGUUUGGUCCAUUCACGGGAGUCGAUCACCACAAGAAAUGUGUCACUUUUGCUGUUGGUUUUAUUGUAAAGGAAGAUGUUGCUUCAUUCCAAUGGCUAUUUAGAACAUUUGUUAAGGCAAUGGGCAGUAGGGAGCCCAAUUGUUUAAUUACGGAUCAAGAUCCAGCUAUGAAAAUUGCUGUAAAUUCUGUUUUCCAGCAAUGUGAGCACAGAUUUUGUAUGUGGCACAUAAUGAAAAAGCUGCCUGAUAAAGUUGGAAGGAAUAUCAUUCAGGAUACUGAAUUUUUGAAGGAACUCACGUAUUUUAGAGAUGUGUUUAUGGGUUGUAUUAUGAGAACUACCUCAAGGUCAGAGAGUGAGAAUAAUUUUUUUACAUCCGUUGUAAAUCCUCACGUGUCUCUUGUGGAAUUUUUCAUGAGGUAUGAAACUGCGUUGGAUGCACAGAGACAUAGUCAGGCAGAGAAUGACAAUGAAUCACAGGAGAAAUUCCCUCAAUAUGAACUGAGGAAGGAAGAUGGUAUUGAUGUAGCAAUUGUUACUGAGGCAAAUAGGAGAAGGAAAUUUAAAGAUAGAAAUCCCAUGCAGACAUAUGAUAUGGAUGUGGAAGGCAAAGUAUUUAAAAAGCAUUCCAAAGCAAUAUAUAUCUUAGAUCGUUGGACAAUAACUGCUACUCAGAAACCAGUGUUAGAUAUAAGUUGUUUAGACACCGAAGACGAUAAGCGGGUGGUUAUAAAUGAAAUGUGGUUGGAGAUAUUUUCUUGUGUGAGUUGGGUUAAAGGUCAUGAGGAGGACUUUAUUAAGAAUAUUCGAGAGUUCAAGAAUAAAAUUGAAGCGACAAAAAAUGUUACUGUAGUUGAUACUCAGAAUGUAAGAUCUAGUGAACAUGAUAUUGAGAUGUUAAUAGGAUGUAGCAUUCCUGAUGAAAUACUUGUUCAUCCUCCUAAAGUGUCGAAGAAUAAAGGUACAAGUGUUCAUGAUGGCUGUGAAACUAGUGGGUCUAAAAGAUUAAAGGGUGCCAAAGAAAUAGCAGUUGAACAAUCUAAAAAGAAAACGAAGAGGAAAUGCAGUGGCUGUGGCAAGUUAGCAUAUCAUGAUAUUCGGAAUUGUCCUCACAAAGCAUGA